CUGUAAACAGGAAGUAGACAGUUAGGUAGGAAGAGCAAUCUACUCGCAAGUAAGAUUCUCGUAGCUAUUAGCGGUUACAUAUCUAGCUGCUGGCAGCUAAUAUCAACGUAUACAUUUAGAAGACACAACUUUUACUCGGAUUACUGUUCACUGACCUGAUAGUCAUGGGCAAGAGCUGUAAGGUGGUGGUGUGUGGCCAGGCUGCAGUCGGAAAAACGGCUGUAUUGGAACAACUACUGUAUGCUAAUCAUGUUGCAGGUUCAGAGCCCAUGGAGACCCUGGAGGAUAUCUACAUCGGCUCUAUAGAAACUGACCGUGGCACACGAGAGCAGGUUCGCUUCUAUGACACCCGCGGCCUUCAGGAUGGGAUGGAGUUUCCUCGACAUUACUACACUUUUGCAGACGGCUUUGUUCUCGUCUACAGCAUUGACAGUAAAGAGUCCUUUAAGCGGAUGGAGGCCCUCAAGAAGGACAUCGACCGCCUCAGAGACAAGAAGGAGGUGACCAUUGUUGUUCUGGGUAACAAGCUGGACAAGCCGGAUGAGAGGAGAGUCGACCCCAAUAUGGCACAGAACUGGGCAAAGAAUGAGAAGGUGCGUCUGUGGGAGGUGUCGGUGGUGGACCGGCGCACUCUGAUCGAACCCUUUGUCUACCUGGCCAGCAAAAUGACCCAGCCACAGAGCAAGUCCACGUUCCCUCUCAGUCGCAAUAAGAAUAAGGGCAGUGGUUCUACGGACAGCUGAAUGACCAAACACUGUGUAUUAAAAACUGUUUUGAUAUUAUGAAGGAUUGAGGUAGUAAGAGUUGGUGUGGAGAAUGUGGCGAAGCGAUGGUGAGAAAAGGCAGGAGGAUCGUAUGGAUGUUUAUAUACAGUGAGUACUGCUGGUAUUGGUAUUGCCUUCCAUAUUUGAUGUUUUGGUGAAAUACAUACUACUUCAAUUCUAAAUGACUAAACAUUCUGAUCUUUUAUCAGCUAAGAAAUUGAAGGAUGCAAAGUGUUUUUGUCUGUCAUUCCCAUUGUAUUGAUACAUUAAUGAUGAUGUACAGUAACUGUGAGAUGUGUUACACUAUAUUUGUUCUUUGCUGAGAUUCACUGUUGGACGUCAGACAGUGACUGGUUGACAUUCCUUACCACAUAUUGCCUUCUGUACAGGCUCUAGAAAUCAAAUGAGAUAGAAUCGGUUUCUGCUCGGGUGCUACUUUUUUUCUGGUUGUGACACAUGAAAGACAUAGAGCAGUCUCUAUAGCAAAAUACCGUAGCGUUAUCACCAUGACUCAUCAUAUAAUCAGUUACAGUCUGCUGAAGUUUAAGCUAUUAUUUAAAAACUCCAAAGUAUUCAUUAGCUGACCACUGAACUGUUUCUUCAAAUCAAAAUAUGACCUAUUAAUGUUUGUUUGAUUGAAAAAGGGGGAAUUCUUUGAUAUAGUCUUUUAUUCAUGUGUUCAACACUGUGGCUACUUUUUGUGAAUAUCAAGCUUUUAUGUAUUAAUAUCUCAAAAAAUGUGUUCACUUGAUAUUUGUUUGCAUGUUUUGUAAACAAAAUAAAGACUUUUUUCUGUGCCUAA